AUGCUUGAGAGCCAGACUAUGCUCGAUCUAUACCUACUGGCGCGAGAAAACGAUGUGGAUGUGGACCGCUGCAAGGCCUACGUGAUCAGGAUUCUUCUUGGAUCGGGGAAGGAACUCGAGCCACCGCGAGACGCUACGACCGACUGCGCUGCUCUGUUAGCCUUGUUCACCGCGGCGAACGGCCCGUCAUGGAAAACAAGCACGGCGUGGGGUGACGUCUGCCCCCUUGGAGAGUGGUACGGCGUUACCGUGGAUGAUGACGGUCGGGUGUCACAACUGAACACGUACAAGAACGGGCUGUCCGGUGCUUUUCCACCGGAGUUGGCCAGACUGACGGCGCUCACGAAAUUGAAUCUCGGCGGGAACAACCUAACCGGACUGAUUCCGUCUGCUCUAGGAAGGCUAACGGGUCUGGAGAAGCUGAGGCUGGACCCAAACGAACUGAACGGAUCGAUUCCGUUUUCUCUGGGAGGACUGACGGCUCUGCAGGAGCUGUGGCUGUACCAAAACGGACUGAGCGGACCGAUUCCGUCUGCUCUGGGAGGACUGACGGCUCUGCAGAAGCUGAUACUGAGCAAUAAUCAACUGAGCGGACCGAUUCCGUCCGUCUGCUCUGGGAGGACUGACGGCUCUGCAGGGGCUGGGGCUGAGCAGUACUCAACUGAGCGGCGCCAUUCCGCGCGAGCUGGGCAAGCUGACGGCGCUAACGUGGCUAAGUCUCCACAGCAACAAUCUUACCGGCUCCAUUCCACAGGAGCUUCGACAACUGAAGGCACUGAGGGUUGGUUCUACGGGAACAACUUCAGCGGAACCAAGGCGGACGUCCAACAGCUGCUCCCGGACAACUGCUUGGUGGAACAGGCUAGUUUCAAGUGCUUGCGUAUUUCCCCCGACGUGUCAUGUGGGUAGGAGUGAUGACCAGGCUUGAAGUGGAGGUGGUUUCAUUUGUACGUUCCCACCUCUUGGUACGAUCAACAUUGUCCUUUUUGCGGUACUCCUUCCACUCUACAGUGCCAGCAGCUUGAGGCAAAUGCAGUGUUUCAUUUUCAGCAUACACGUUUAGCUUGGUCAGGUUUAGCUUCUUGAGUAUCCGCCCUGCCCUGAUUUUCCUGUCGUUGAUUGAGCGGAAGCCUGCGAGGAAAGGCUUCUCAUUCCGUCAGCUGCCAUCAUCUGUCUUUUGCGUCAUGACGACGGGAGGGUUCCAUUGAACGUGAUUUUUCUCUUGGUUAUCUCCUUCCAGUAGACGCAGUCGCGAGUCUUUGCUCGGUUUGUUCCUGGAAGAUCGGGAGAGUAUUUGCUUGGUUUAUGG